AUGGGCGUCCACGUUUACACUGAGGAGAACACAUCCCCUGUUUCUCCAUCGAGGCUGUUCAAGGCCCUGAUUGGCGACUCUGAAACUCUCGUCCCCAAGCUCUUUCCUCAGCUUGUUAAGUCCAUCUCUGUCGUCCAAGGUGAUGGCGGCGUUGGCACCAUCAGGCUCAUCACUUUCCAACAAUGGGUGUCGAGUAAGAAUGUGAAGACGAGGAUCGAUGCCUUGGAUGUGGAGAAGUUCGCGUAUAAGUACACGUUGUUGGAGGGAGACCUGUUAUAUAAGGAGAAGAUGGAGAGCAUCUCGUACGAGGUGGUGUUUGUUCCUGGAGGCGACGGAGGAACUAUAAGAAAGACCAAGACUACCUAUGAAACCAAGGGCGACGAGCCACCUUCAGAAAACGAGCGGAAUAAAGGGAAAGUCACCGCCACGGCUAUGUUGAAGGUUGUGGAAGGCUACAUGCAACAAAACCCAUAUGUCUAUGUCUAA